AUGGAGAAGCUGGGGGCCACGGUAAGCCUCACAUCCAGGGACCAGCCUCAGUCUAACAGGCAGGUGGAGAAGACCAACCAAGAGCUAGAGAGGUUGCUGAGGAAUCACUGCCAGGACUGGACUCUGAGCCAGACCGCAGCCCCUGCAGUUGACGAGUGGUACCGGCGAGCAGAGGUGUGGAAUGCCGCUCACAUGAGGCUCCAGUCAGCCGUCAGAAGGAUCUGGUGGACCGCCACCGCAUACCUGGUAGACUGGGAGGGGUACGGUCCUGAGGAGCGCUCUUGGGUCCACAUCCUGGACCCCAACAUCAUCCGGGAUUUCCAUCUCUGCUGUCCAGACCGGCCUGCUCUUCGCCCUAGGGGCCACGGUCAGCCUCACAUCCCUCUGGCGCUCGACAUCGCCAGUCUACUAGCCACUGGUCCUGUCAACCAUCAUGAGACAUUUAACAACAAAUCAGCUAAUUUUAUCUUGUCUCUUAUCACAUACCUUUUCAUCAUCACUGUGAAUCUGACUCUGAUCAUAACAAUCAUUCAGGAGAAAGGCCUCCAUGAGCCCAUGUAUAUCUUUCUGUGUAGUUUAUGUGUCAAUGGAUUGUAUGGAACAUCUGGUUUCUACCCCAAGUUGUUACUGGACCUUCAGUCAGAUGUUCAGGUGAUAUCUUAUGGUGGAUGUUUCACUCAAGCCUACGUAAUAUACACAUCUGUCCUGUGUGAAAUGUCUACUCUAACAGUGAUGUCUUACGACAGGUAUGUGGCAAUAUGCAGACCACUACUAUACCAUACCAUUGUGACAUCUUUAACUGUUAGAAAGUUACUCUUAUUUUCUUGGGGUUAUCCUUUAUUUAUAGCACUCAUAGCAGUUAGUUUAGCCGUCAGAAUUCCUUUGUGUGGAUCUCGUAUUGAUAAGAUCUUCUGUGACAAUCUGUCUAUACUGAAACAUGCAUGUUUACCCAUUACAAUCAAUCAGUUUUUGAACAAAUGUAUAAUAGUGGUUCAUGUUUUACAGAUACUUUUCAUUGUAUUUUCUUACUGUAAGAUUGUAAGGAAUUGUGUAAAGUCAGCUAAGGGAAGGAUUAAGUUCACACAGACUUGUGUGCCACAUUUAAUAACAAUGGUUAUUUUCAUCACAGUGACCCUGUUUGACACUUUACAAGGGUGGAAUAAUGUAAAUAUUACACUAAAUAUGCGUAAUGCAAUGGCUGUACAAUUCCUUGUUAUACCACCUGUCUUAAACCCUGUCAUAUAUGGACUUAACCUCCAGCAGAUUCGAAGAGCAGUUUUUAGAAAUUCCGCCCGCUCUGACCAUGGUCCCUGUCUCCAUUCCUACGUCUCGUCAUCCUGCUACUCUGUCCUGGAUUCCCCACUCUACUACUCCCUUGGAUACACCUCCGGACCCUGUCCCAACCCCUCUCGCUCCAGCCUCAGCUUCCGCACCUGA